CUCACACUGCCUUGUGCAGGAGAGACAUUUCAGCGAGAGCCUGCUCCAGUCGAUCCCAGCACCCAUUCUCCUCCGGGCCGUCUCCAGAACCCUCUCCCAUGGCUAACGACGGCGUGGAUAAGAGCGAGGAGACCGAGCAUAUGAUCGAGAAGGAUGCGGCCAGGGAGCGCAGCAAUGUGCUGGGGGACACCAAGGAGAUUCGAGCCGUCAUCCUGUCCGGAUUUGGGGGUUUAAACAAGCUGCGGGUGGCCAAGAAAGCGAUGCCCGAGCCCCAGGAAGGAGAGGUGAAAAUCCGAGUCAAGGCCUGUGGCUUGAAUUUCAUUGACUUGAUGGUUCGACAGGGCAAUAUUGAAAACCCACCAAAGACACCAUUGGUUCCUGGCUUUGAGUGCUCUGGCAUUGUGGAAGGCUUGGGUGACAACACAAAAGGCUUUGAGAUCGGAGACAGAGUCAUGGCGUUUGUCAAUUACAGUGCCUGGGGUGAAGUGGUCUGCACACCAAUGGAGUUCGUGUACAAGAUCCCAGAUGAGAUGGGCUUUGCAGAAGCAGCAGCUUUCCCCAUGAACUUUGUGACUGCCUACAUGAUGCUGUUUGAAGUGGCAAACCUCCGAGAAGGAAUGUCAGUGCUACUGCACUCAGCUGGAGGAGGAGUGGGCCAGGCUGUUGCUCAGCUUUGCUCCACCAUUCCAGAUGUGACUGUGUUUGGAACAGCCUCCUCCUUUAAGCACGAAGCUAUCAAGGAUUCCAUCACUCAUCUCAUUGACCGGAAUGCAGAUUAUGUGCAGGAUGUGAAAAGAAUUUCUCCCGAUGGAGUCGACAUUGUCCUGGAUUGCCUGUGUGGUGAAAAUACUGGGAAGGGUCUUGGGCUCUUGAAACCACUUGGAACAUACAUUCUGUACGGCUCAUCAAAUAUGGUUACCGGAGAAACAAAAAGCUUCUUCAGCUUUGCCAAAUCAUGGUGGCAAGUUGAGAAGGUGAACCCCAUAAAACUCUAUGAAGAGAACAAAGUCAUUGCUGGAUUUUCAUUGCUUAACCUCCUCUUCAAACAAGGCCGUGGAGCCCAAGUGAAAGCAGUGAUAGAUAAGCUCAUGUUGCUGUAUAAGGAGAAGAAGAUCAAACCUUUAGUGGAUUCAUUAUGGGCUCUGGAGGAGGUGAAGGAAGCCAUGCAGAGAAUCCAUGAUAGAGGAAACAUAGGGAAACUUAUCCUGGAUGUCGAAAAGUCCCCAACUCCUUUGAUGGCAAAUGACAGCACAGAGACCAGUGAAGCAGGCGAGGAGGAGGAAGAUCAUGAGGGAGACAAUGGAAAUAAGGAGCGCAUGCCCUUUAUCCAAUAGCUGCCUUGGCCAGGGGAGAGAAAAGAAGUUUAAACAAAAACCUACCUGUUUGAAUUUUCUCUUUGUUAGUUGCUGGAGCCAAGAACAAUUUGAGGAGAUGUCCCUGGUGCGCAAGUGAACAAAUGCUGUUGUACUGUGUGUAUUUGUGUCUGUCUGCAGUCAGCCAAGCUACAAGCUGUUUGAAUCUUAGUGACCUGAACUGCUAAAGUGCCAUAUCCUUUUCAGUGCAGUAUUAUGAGCAACAUUCUGUGUUAAGAUCAAUUGAGGAAGAGAUUCAUUGUGUUAUUGCUUCUUCUUAUAUUUAAAGUGGGCACAGUUCUGUCUUCUGUGAAUUUCUUGCAAUUUUUAGUAUGUACCAUUUAAGUAUUUUAUUUUCUCUCUGUGUUGAUUUCUUGUGCAUGGUUCUGUUAAUCUGUUAGUGCCUGUAUUUAUUCUGUUAUACAUCACUGACCAGCGACCAUUCAACACGUGAACGUUAAGUAUUCAAAGACAUGCAUCUUUCACCAGUACAAGUGACAGGAACUGCUUCUGAACUUACCUUACUGAGAAAACGAAAAAUGCAUAGACCUAUUUAUCAGCUCAAAAGCCUAAAUGAUGUGAAUGGAGAUCUCAAUUUGUUUACUUGUUGCAUUGGUUGCAUUAGUGCUUUUGUUAUU